AUGAUUCCUCGACCCUCAAAUUCAUUCUAUUCCCUUUCUCACUUAAUUCUCACUAAAAAUUCUUCUUUCUUUUCUUCUUCAUCAUCUUCUUCCUCUUCUCUAGUUACUCUCCAUGAUUCUGAAUCAAAACCAAUUUCAAGUCCUUUUUACAAUCUUCUUCCACCCACCCAAAACCCUAACAACAUCGUAAACCUCAUUUCUUCAAUCCUCAAACAGAAAAGUUUCCACCUUUCCCUUUUUCAAAAUGAAAUCAAAGGGAUUCUUCCUCACAUGGGUUCCCAUGAAAUUUCUAGGGUUUUGCUUCGAUGCCAAUCUGAUUACUCUUCAGCACUGACAUUUUUCAAUUGGGUUAAAAAUGAUUUGAACAUCACACAUAGUGUGCAUAAUUAUUGCAUAAUUGUUCAUAUACUUGCUUGGUCUAAAGUUUUCUCUCAAGCUAUGAAAUUGUUGUCUGAGUUGAUACAAUUGAAUGUUCCUGAUGAGGAUAUUUAUAAGAAUUUGAUUGGUUGCACUGAGGAUUGUAAUUGGAAUCCGGUAAUAUUUGAUAUGCUUAUUAAGGCUUAUGUGAAGUUAGGUAUGGUUGAUAAAGGUUUGGAAACUUUUAGGAACAAUGUUGAUGCUUGUUUUGUUCCGAAUGUUAUUGCUUGUAAUUGUCUGUUGAAUGGUUUGUCGAAGUUUAAUUAUAUCGAUGAAUGUUGGGAAGUGUAUGAAGAAAUGGGAAGACUUGGAAUACAUAGGAAUGUUUAUACUUUCAAUAUUAUGACGCAUGUUUUGUGUCGAGAUGGAGAUACCGAUAAAGUGAACGGAUUCCUUGAGAAAAUGGAGGAAGAAGGAUUUGAACCGGAUUUGGUUACGUACAACACACUCAUUAAUGGGUAUUGUAUGAAAAGAAGGUUGGAGGAUGCUUUUUAUCUUUACAAGAUCAUGUGCAUUAGAGGCAUGGUUCCUAAUCUGGUUUCGUAUAGUGCGUUGAUGAACGGUCUUUGUAAAGAAGGGAAGAUCAAGGAGGCUCAUCAGCUUUUUAAUCAGAUGGUUCAGAAAGGAAUUGAUCCGGACAUUGUGUCGUAUAAUACUCUUGUAUCCGGUUAUUGCAAAGAAGGUAAGAUGCAAAUGUGUAGAUCACUAUUGCACGAAAUGAUAGGAAUCGGGAUUCGUCCUGACAGUGUCACGUGUAGGAUUGUCUUUCAAGGAUAUGCAAAGGAGGGAAAGCUUUUGUCGGCGUUGAAUUUGGUUGCGGAGCUUCAGAGAUUUGGAAUUAUGAUUCCGCAAAAUCUAUACGAUUAUCUUUUAGUUGCAUUGUGUAAAGAAGGUCGACCAUUUGCGGCUCGAAGUUUUCUGAUAAGGAUAUCUCAAGACGGUUAUGCGCCUGAAAUGAGUACUUAUGUUGAACUAGUCGAGUCUCUAUGUAGAUUCAAUAAUGUGGACGAAGCGCUGAUUUUGAAAUCUGAGAUGACGAAAAAGAGUAUGAAACUGAAUCUCACUACCUAUAAAGCCAUCAUAAGCUGCUUAUGUAGAGUAAGAAGAACUUCAGAAGCUGAAGGCUUGUUGGAAGAAAUGGUUAGUUUAGGUAUUUUACCCGAUUUAGAAAUUAAUAGAGCGUUAAUAAAUGGUUAUUGUGAAGAAAAUGAAGUUGAAAAAGCUGUAUUGUUAUUGAAAUAUUUUGCCGAGGAGUUUCGAGUGUACGAUACCGUUAGCUACAAUGCGAUUGUUAAAGUUUUUUGUGAGGGUGGUAAUGUGGCUGAGUUGAUGGAACUUCAAGAUAAGCUUGUUAAGAUAGGUUUUGUUCCAAAUAGUUUAACAUGCAAGUAUGUUAUCCAAGGAUUGCAGAAAGAUAUGGAACUCGACGACGAUAUAGUGAACCGCAACAUGGUUGAAGUCUAA